AUGUCCCGAUUUUUUAAUUGUGUUGUCGCGGGACUAAUUGUGACCCUAUUGGCCCAACAGUUCAGUUAUAUUUUCCAAACCGCAGAGGCUAAAGCCUAUGAUCAAAAACGUUCCACCUAUACGAAUCAACAGAGUUAUGUUCCCAAUUCGAGAAAUCAAUAUCAACAGGAACCGGGUAUGGCAGCGGGCAGAUAUGUUCCGAACAUAGCGCAGAAUUCAAUUGUGGGAAAUAUUCAACGGCGUGGUGAAAUGAUGCAUGGAGCGGGUGAAUGUUAUUCGGAGGGAGGAAAUCAAACACAUAUGUACACCAUUACAAUACUAAACGAAUCCCUUCACAAAUACACCUACAUCAAAAUUCUAGAAAAGAAAGGCCGCCACACCACCAUCAGCCUCUGCUGUCCCGGCUAUGCCAUCGUCCAUAAUUGGCAACGGGAUCUGUGCGUACCGGUCUGUGAGAAUUGUCGCAAUGGACAAUGUGUUGGACCGAAUUUGUGUGAUUGUUACGAUGGGUUUGUACGCAAUGACAAUGGCGAUUGUGUUUUCAGUUGUCCUCUGGGUUGUCUUAAUGGUCGUUGCUAUUUGGAUGGUAGCUGUAAAUGUGAUCCUGGAUAUAAGCUCGAUGAAACUCGAAGAUUUUGUCGUCCAAUUUGUAGUAAAGGUUGUGGUACAAACCCAUUGCUGAAUUGUACUGCUCCUGAGGUAUGUGGUUGUAUCAAUGGUUAUAUUCUCACCGAUGCCGGAUGUAAGGCUGUGUGUGAUCCCGAAUGUGGUCCGGGAGGAGAGUGUAAUGCAUUUGGGAUGUGUGAAUGUAAGGCGGGCUAUACGCUGAAGGAUGGUGUUUGUCAUGCUGUGUGUUAUCAGCCCUGCGAAAAUGGCAUGUGCUAUAGCCGUCACCGCUGCAUAUGCAAUCCGGGAUUUAUUUACAUGGAGAGCACGGGGAAUUGUAUAGCCAAACCGGAGAAAAUAAAUUAUAUUACCUCCCUGAUGAUGAUGGAGGAAACUGAAUUUGAAGCCACAUAUCUACGUAGGUAUCAGGAAGAACCUACGGAGGGUUACGAUUACAAUGAGGCUGAUGAUCUCGACGAUCAGGAGCCAUACACAUUUGAGAGAUUGGAACGGCGUGCCCUGUAUAUGCUGCCCACCGAUAAUCGAUGGCGUGAUGGCAGUCCCAUUGAUCCGCCGGUGGCCAAAGAGGAAUGUGGCACACAUGGUGAUCAUAUGCAGUUGAUAUAUGUUCCUACCGAAGCUGUGGACAAAUAUUCGUGGGUAAUCAAAAUGACGGAAGACAAAUCCCAACGUGUAACCCCGAUUAAGGUCUGUUGCCCUGGCUAUGGUCUGCUGCGAUGGCGUGGUGAACGCCGCUGCAUUCCGGUGUGUGAAAAAUGUCGCAAUGGCCAAUGUGUGGCGCCCAAUGUGUGUGAAUGUUAUGAUGAAUAUGUCCGGAAUGAUAGUGGAGAUUGUGUUUUCAUUUGUCCGCUGGGUUGCCUAAAUGGUCGCUGUUAUCUGGAUAAUAGCUGUGAAUGUGAUCCGGGUUAUAAGCUGGAUGAGACGCGACAAUAUUGUCGUCCGAUUUGCAGUAAAGGUUGUGGCAGUGAUCCCUUGCAUAAUUGUACCGCACCUGAGGUAUGCGGAUGCAUUGAGGGUUUCACAUUGACAGAUGGCGGUUGUAAACCGGUGUGUGAUCCAGAAUGUGGGCCGGGUGGUGAGUGCCAGGCUUUUGGCUUGACACGUAUGUGUGUCUGUAGUCCUGGGUAUAGGCUGCAGGAUGGGGUGUGUCAAUCGGAUUGUUAUCAGUCCUGUGCCAAUGGUAUAUGCUACAAUCGAAAUCGCUGUAUAUGUAAGCCGGGCUUUGUGUAUCAUGAAAGGACCAGAAAUUGUAUACCACAAUAUUCACCAACAUCGGUGAAAAUCGUCUUAUCGCUGGUAUUUCUAUGUGCCACCACUUUCAAUUGUAUACAAACGGAAAAUCUACGAUUCACUACGACAACAACAACAAAACAACCAUUUAUAAGAUCACCGGGUCUGUCAUUGCCCCGCAAGGACUUUAAUCCGGCGAAAUGUAAAAAAGAAGUGCCGGCCAUAUUUUUCCAAUACGAAAAAGAUGUACCGAUUCGUGGCAACAGCAGUACCGGCAAUCCAAAUUACAAUGAAAUCGAUGUCUGCUGUCCGGGCUAUAAACGUUACGAUUUCGACUGGAGCAAAUGUGUACCGGAUUGUGGCAAUAAAUGUUUGAGAAAUGGCUUCUGCCUGGAUGGAGGUGUGUGCCAGUGCUUCGAUGAAUUUGUUUUGAAUCAUCGCAACGAUUGUGUACCCACUUGCCCCUUGGGAUGUCCGAAUGGUCGAUGUUAUCUAAAUGGAACGUGUGUUUGCAAUACGGGCUAUGAAUUGGAUCCGACAAAGAAAUAUUGUGUGCCGAUUUGCGAAAUGGGUUGCGGCAGGAAUGAAGUUUGUGUCGAGCCCAAUAAGUGUCAAUGUGAGGAGGGUUAUUCGAGAUCGCCACAUCAUGAAUUGGCCAAGAUAGGAUGCCAACCAGUUUGUAUUCCCGAUUGUGGGUUUGGUUAUUGUGCGGGGCCGAAUCAAUGUGAAUGUUUUGCCGGUUAUGGGAAGAAGACGAACGGAACGGUGUGUGAAUAUUUGGGAUUUUUACGCUGCGACAAUGGCUUCCAGGUGCGUGGUCCCAAGUGCAUUUGCCAGGAGGGUUAUCGCUAUGAUGAGAAUACCACUUCCUGCCUCCCAGACUGUGGCGAUGACUGCGAAAAUGGUGUUUGCAUAUCACCGGGGAUUUGCCGCUGUUUUAAUGGCUAUAAGCGGAAUGGUCCCAAGUGUGAGGCGAUUUGUGAACAUGGCUGUGGUUAUUAUGGCAAAUGUAUUGCACCCGGAGUUUGUGGCUGUUCCAUCACUGAUGGUCCCUUUAAAUCCUAUCAAAAAUGUGAAUUAGGUUAUUGCACGUCGAAGGGUCGUUGUCGCUGCCAGACGGGUACAACGCGUUUCAUCAAUCAGUGUCUUUCACCGGAUAAGGUUACCACCUAUGCGACAAUGCAUCAUCAGAAAUUAAACGAUGAUUUUUUGGAUGAAUUUAAUUUAUUAAUUGGUAGAUAUUUUAAUUUUACUGCGGAUAUGAAAUAG